UUGCUACAUGAAUAUGUAGAUGUAUUUGCUUGGUCAUAUCAGGAUAUGCCAGGUUUAGAUACUGACAUUGUUGUCCACAAGCUACCACUACAGCCAGAUUGUCCGCCAGUGAAGCAGAAGCUCCGAAGGGCAAGACCUGACAUGGCUUUAAAGAUUUGUGACGAGGUGAAACGUCAAUUUGAUGCCGGUUUUCUAGCAGUUGCAAAGUACCCUCAAUGGGUAGCCAACAUUGUGCCAGUACCCAAAAAGGAUGGCAAGGUCAGGAUGUGUGUUGAUUAUAGGGAUCUAAACAAAGCUAGUCCAAAGGACGAUUUCCCCCUGCCACAUAUUGACACUCUGGUAGACAACACUGCUAAGUUCGCAGUCUUCUCCUUUAUGGACGGAUUCUCGGGUUACAAUCAAAUCAAGAUGGAUCCAGAAGACAUGGAAAAGACCACAUUCAUCACCCCUUGGGGAACAUUUUGCUACAAGGUAAUGCCUUUCGGUCUCAAAAAUGCUGGGGCAACUUACCAAAGAGCAAUGGUCACUCUUUUCCAUGAUAUGAUGCAUAAGGAAAUUGAGGUUUAUGUGGAUGAUAUGAUUGCAAAAUCUCAAAGUGAAGAGGAUCACAUAGACCACUUGCAAAAGCUGUUUGAGCGUCUUCGGAAAUUUCGACUACGACUGAAUCCUGCUAAAUGCACCUUCGGUGUCCGAUCCGGAAAGUUGCUUGGUUUCAUUGUUAGCCAACGAGGAAUUGAGGUAGAUCCUGACAAAGUCCGAGCUAUACAAGAGAUGCCUGCUCCACGCACCGAGCGAGAGGUUAGAGGCUUCCUGGGGCGUUUGAAUUAUAUCUCAAGGUUUAUCUCACAUAUGACGGCCACAUGCGAGCCUAUAUUCAAAUUGCUUCGGAAAGAUCAAGCAGUUGAAUGGAAUGCUGACUGCCAAAUGGCUUUUGAGAGAAUCGGACAGUACCUGCAAGAGCCCCCUAUUCUAAUUCCACCUGUUCAAGGGAGACCACUCUUUAUGUACCUAACUGUGCUUGAAAAGUCAAUGGGAUGUGUGCUAGGACAACAUGACGAAACCGGUCGAAAGGAACAUGCUAUCUACUAUCUAAGUAAGAGAUUUACCGAUUGUGAAACCCGAUACUCACUCUUGGAGAAAACUUGUUGUGCUUUAGCAUGGGCCGCUCGUCGUCUAAGACAGUACAUGAUUUGCCACACUACUUUGUUGAUCUCAAAAAUGGAUCCAAUAAAGUACAUCUUUGAAAAGCCUGCUUUGACUGGAAGACUCGCCCGUUGGCAGAUGUUACUAUCUGAGUAUGACAUCCAAUAUGUGUCUCAGAAAGCCAUAAAAGGGAGUGUGUUGUCUGAUUACUUGGCAAACCAGCCCGUUGAAGAUUACCAGUCGUUGAAGUUUGACUUCCCGGAUGAAGAUAUCAUGGUAGUAAAAGACUGUGAAAUCCCAGGACUUGAUGAAGGACCUGAACCCGGAUCCCGGUGGAAGCUCAUGUUUGAUGCAAGGUUGUGUUUUGAUUGCACGAACAAUAUAGCAGAAUAUGAGGCGUGCAUCCUAGGCAUUGAAGCAGCCAUUGAUCUCCGAAUCAAAAUCCUUGAAGUAUGUGGAGACUCAGCCUUGGUGAUAUACCAAGUCAAGGGCGAAUGGGAAACCCGGGAUACCAAGUUGAUCCCAUAUCGUGCCCAUGUCAUGGAAUUGAUAAAAUACUUUGACGAGAUCACUUUCCGUCAUAUCCCGAGAACUGAGAAUCAAAUUGCCGAUGCUUUGGCUAUGUUGGCUUCAAUGUAUCAAGUCAGAUUCCAUAAUGAAGCACCCCUCAUUCAAAUCGAGCGGAAAGUUGAGCCUGCCUACUGCCAGUCAGUUGAAGAGGAAGCCGAUGGUAAACCCUGGUUUCACGACAUCAAAUGCUUUUUGCAAAAUCAAGAAUAUCCAACAGAUGCCACAACCCUUGACAAGAAAACAUUGAGGAAGUUAGCAUCCAAAUUCUUCUUGAGCAAUGGUGUGUUGUACAAGAGAAAUCACGACAUGAUUCUGCUCAGAUGCGUGGAUGGACGUGAAGCGGACAUGUUGAUCAAGGAGAUUCAUGAAGGAUCCUUUGGGACUCACGCCAAUGGACAUGCCAUGGCCAAGAAGAUUUUGAGAGCUGUAAAUGUUUUGACGUCACCUUGGCCUUUCUCAAUGUGGGGCAUCGACAUGAUUGGCGCCAUCGAGCCUAAAGCUUCCAAUGGUCACCGCUUCAUCCUGGUUGCCAUUGAUUACUUUACCAAAUGGGUAGAAGCCGCCUCUUAUGCUAAUGUGACAAAACAAGUGGUUGCACGGUUUCUCAAGAAAGAGAUCAUUUGCCGUUAUGGAAUUCCAAGCCGGAUCAUCACAGAUAAUGGGACGAAUCUGAACAAUAAGACCAUGAAGGAAUUAUGCGAGAGCUUCAAGAUUGAGCACCAUAACUCUUCACCAUAUCGUCCAAAGAUGAAUGGCGCUGUUGAAGCCGCUAAUAAAAACAUCAAGAAGAUUUUAGUAUAUGGGAUGGAAGCAGUUCUCCCAAUUGAAGUAGAGAUACCUUCAAUGAGAAUCUUGAUGGAGACCAAGCUAGAAGAGGCUGAGUGGAUUCAAAACAGAUUUGAUCAGUUGAACCUCGUAGAUGAAAAGCGAUUGACUUCUUUGUGCCAUGGACAAUUAUACCAGAAACGACUUAAAAGGGCUUUUGACAAGAAAGUACGUGUUCGGGAAUUCAGAGAAGGAGACCUCGUGCUUAAGAAGAUCUUGCCAAUACACAAGGAUUCACGUGGGAAGUGGACUCCCAAUUAUGAAGGCCCAUAUGUUGUGAAGAAAGCUUUCUCCGGAGGAGCCUUGAUUCUCACAACUAUGGAUGAUGAAGAACUCUCACAUCCCGUGAACUCUGAUGCAGUUAAAAAA